AUGGUUUGCAAGAGAGUGGCUCCAAGUUGGCUUGAAGACCACGACCUUCUUCCGCAGCAGAAGCAGCAGCCACAGCAGCAGCAGCAGCAGCAACAGGCACAGCAACUGACACUGCAGCAGCAGAAACCGCAGCAGGGACCAAGCGAGCAGCAGCGAUUUGUAGCGCGUCCACCACAGCUGAACAAUAAUGCGCAGCAGCAGCAGCAGCAGCAGCAGCAAGAACAGCCAACGUCACACUCGAAACUGCUGCAUGGCGCUGCUGCAAAGGCAUCGCUUGCAACUGCCCCUUCCAGCUUUCCUGCCGCUCAGGAUGUCCCAGCCCAGGGGCCUGCUGCUGCUUCUGCUGCUGCUGCUGCUGCUGCUGCUGCUGCGUCCUCUGCGGUUGGGGCCCCUGUUGGUGUUGAUGAGCUGCAGAUCAAAUACAG